AUGUGCGGGGGCGAAACAGGUCGACCCAGCUUUGGAGGAACGAUCGCUGUGCUAUUCCCUCAAGAGAAUGAGCUAAAUUCGAGUUUCUCAUCUGAUGUGUCAUUAUCCUCCUCACCAGACUCGGUCGCCUCUUCGGCUUCAACUUCUUCAUCAACCUCAUAUAUAUCCUCAUAUUCUCUUUUCUUCCGCGACACCGGUAUAGGGCGUCAUACAACCAAGGCGAUUUUUCGGACCAACGAUACAAACACCUAUAAUGCACUUCGGGGAUGCAAAUAUCUUCACAUGAGAAUAGAGAAAUACGGAGAUCUCUCGAUGACCACCUCUGCAUCACCACCGCUCCACCGCUUCCGAUUGGAUGUCGCACAGGAUGUGGCUCACCAUAGCUCCGACUCUCAGGCUCAAUUGGAAUUUGAGCUUCCGCAGCGGCUUGAUCUGGGUGUCUCGGAGAAAGGCGUUGUUGGCCGACAGGUUACCGUGAGAGAGGAGGGAGGUGCAGUUUUGGGCGUUGGAGUGGUUGGAUAUAACUGA